AUGAUUACGGGCGCCACAAUCCACCACACCGGACGAUAUCUCGAGCUAAUCUGGCUGGGGCUGAUCAUGAUGGCCAUCGGCAAUGGGCUAUACAUCAACUUCAACAGCUCCUCGUCACUUGGAGAAAUCGUCGGUUACCAGCUACUCAGCGGCUUCGGCGCUGGGUUCGUCUUCCAGACCCCCAUCAUUGCCAUCCAGGCCAUGGUAUCGCAAGAAGAAACCGCCACGGCAACGGCGACUCUCGGCUUUAUUCGGAAUAUGGCGACCGCGUCGUCGAUUGUUAUCGGUGGUGUCGUGUUUCAGAAUAGUAUGGGGCGUAUGCAUUCGAAGCUACUGGCCACUGGGAUGUCUGAGGCCUUGGCAGCGCAGCUUUCUGGUGACUCGGCAGCGGCGAAUGUUGAGACUAUCAAGACGAUCAUGGACCCGGCUCAGCUGGGCGCUGUGAAAGAGGCUUUCUCGUGGAGUUUGCGGAAUAUGUGGGUUAUGUAUACGUGCAUGUCCGCCGUGGGGAUCUUGUUUUCUGGUUUUAUUCUCAAGACGCAGUUGAACAAGGAGCAUGUGGAAACUCGGACGGGGCUCAAUCUUGAGAAGCAGCCUGUUGUGGAGAAUGUGCAGUCUCCUUCGGUCUGA